AUGGUUGUUGAGCAGAAAGAGCAAGAGCCUAUUGUUAAGAUGCGUGAGCGCAACGUCAACGCCGCUGCCCACUCUGCACUGGCACGUGGAAUCGAAGCGCUGAAUGAAGGAGAAGUGACCGAGGAGACUGAGGAGAUCCGCAAGCUUGACACUCAACUUGAUCAUCUUAACGACUACAUGUCUAAGAUGGAGGAGCGUCUGAAGGCUCACAACGACAGAAUGAUGGAGACGUUGAAGCAACAAAAGGAGGAGCGUGAGAAGAGACGUCGUAGCUUCCAUGAGCGCAUGUCCCAAAACCAAUCGGAAGACGAGGAGUUCAAGAAGCAAAUGAGCAGCAUCUUGAAGAGAGUUCAAUCUGUCAAGCGCACCAACGAGGAAUAA